AUGUCGUGGAAAGCCUGGAGUGCGGGCGCAGUCCUGCUGGUGGCCCUGAUUCUCCGCGCGGACUUGCUGUGGAAUCGCGGAAGGAGCAUACCGCUUCUCAACUUCUGGCGACCGCCUGGAUUUGCACUGGCCGACAUGCCGGACUUGCAGGGGAAGGUGGCCUUCGUCACCGGCGCUAGCUCCGGACUGGGCUUCGAAACCGCCAAGCAGCUGGCCCUCGCAAACGCCUCCGUGCUGGUGGGAUGUCGGGACGAAGGCAGGUGCCGCCGUGCUUUCGAAGGCUUCCGCGCUGUAGAGGUGCUACACCUGGAUUUGGCAGACCUUCGUCAGGUGGAGCAGGUGGCAGCGCGGCUGGCCCAGCUCCCGGCGUUGCACAUCCUGGUGAACAACGCGGGCGUCGCGACCCAGUUUCCGCACAGUCUGACCCGAGAUGGUAUCGAGACCACUUUCCAGGUUAACUUCCUGAGCCACUUCCUUCUCACGACUCGCCUGCUGCCACUUCUGGAAAGAUCGUCUCCUUCGCGGCUAGUUCACCUCACGUCCGGCGCACACCGGGGCGCGCCCGCCGACGGCGUGCCCCUCUCGCUAGAAGGCAUCAACGACAAGGACGCCAUGGGCCCCUACGCAAGAUAUGGCAUGGCCAAGUUAGCCAACCUCCUCUUCUCCCAAGAGAUUGACAGGCGUUUCGGCCAGCUCGGACUCUACAGCAACGCGGUGCAUCCGGGUGUGGUCGCGACGGAGAUGCUGCGGAGGGACAACUUCGAGGCCAUGUUGGGCCCUCUCCUGGGCGCUUGGGCUUUUCGCGCCGCGCAGCUGCGGAAUCGUCUCUUUGCCUAUGGCGCAGGGGAGGCCGCGCUCAACCUGCUCUUCUGCGCAGCCUCGCCCAUUGUGGAGUUGCAAGCCCUUCGUGGCAAGCUCAUCGUGCCCAUCGCAACCGCAUAUCCGCCCCGCCACGCUCAAGCCUUCAACGACGAGUUUGCAAGACGUCUUUGGGAGUUCAGUGAUGAGCUCAUCUCGACAGCCUUGGCCAAGACUAAGAGCUCGUAG